UAAAAUCAUUUUUUUAUUAUAUUUGUAGCUAAUUUCAGAGAAUGUCAGCUAUUAUCAUCAACUGACAGUGACAGAAUGGACAGAAUCUGAUCACUGUUGAUCACUAUAUAACAUAUUGACAACAUUAUGAUCUGUUAGUGCCUACUGUGAUGUUAAUUUUUAAAUAAAUUGUAACAAAAUGAUAUGGACUUUCUCUUUACUUAUAUCAUGCAUAAAGCUACUACUUUUACCAGCCUAUCGAUCUACAGACUUUGAGGUGCACAGAAAUUGGCUAGCAAUAACACAUAGCUUACCAUUGAGCCAAUGGUACUUUGAGGAUACUUCAGAAUGGACACUGGAUUAUCCCCCACUCUUUGCUUGGUUUGAAUACAUACUCUCACAAAUUGCACAAUUCUUUGAUCAUCGAAUGCUCAACUUGGACAACUUCAAUCAUGCUUCUUUUGAGACUAUCCUUUUCCAGAAACUCUCAGUCAUUGUCACUGAUUUCAUCUACAUUUAUGGGACUUAUGAAUGUUCUAAAGCUUUACCAAAAGGGAAGAGAUCAGAAAUAAUACUUCCUAUUCUACUGAUUGGAAAUGUAGGUCUACUAAUGGUAGAUCAUAUACACUUUCAGUACAAUGGAUUUCUGUAUGGGGUAUUCCUCAUAUCCAUUUCUCACAUAAUACAGGGGAGAAUUCUGCAUGGUGCAUUCUGGUUUUCAAUUUUACUUAAUUUGAAGCAUAUCUACUUAUAUGUGGCUCCUGCCUUUUUUAUAUAUUUGCUGAGAAUUUGCUUUGAUACAAAGAGUAUUAGAAACUUCCUUCGACUGGCUUUUAUAGUGAUCACAACGUUCAUAGUUGCGUAUUUACCGUUCAUAGAUCACAUGGAUCAGAUUUUACGUCGACUGUUUCCGUUCCAAAGAGGGCUGUGCCAUGCCUACUGGGCCCCGAACUUUUGGGCCCUCUACACAGGCGUAGAUAAGUUUGUGAUAGUAAUUGCUGCGCGUUUGGGUAUCAGGCAUAUCAGUACUGCAGCUACGAUGACCGGAGGAUUGGUGCAAGAGUCCGCACAUGUAAUCUUACCUAAUAUAACACCUAAGUUGACCUUUGCUCUCAUCUUAAUCACGAUGAUACCAGCAUUGGUGAAGCUGUGGUCUUCGGGAGCCAAACCUAGUCAGUUUCUCAGAUGUAUAGUUCUAUGCGCAUUGACUUCGUUCAUGUUCGGCUGGCACGUUCACGAGAAGGCUAUCUUGAUGGUCAUCAUUCCUUUGAGCAUUCUAGCGGUAAUGGAGCCGGCGGAUGCCAAUGUUUUCUUAAUUCUCUCCACGGUGGGACACUACUCGUUAUUCCCGCUGCUAUUCCCUGACAAUCUUAUGCUGGUUAAGUUGUUGUUCUUGUUGAUUUACUGCUGCUACGCCUUCUACAGCCUAAACAGUAUAUAUCCGUUCCAAUUCUGCAAGUUUUCCAUUCCACUGCUCAGCAAUUCAGAAAGCACCUACGUCCUCGGUCUCGCUCCUCUUUUCCUCUACACCGAAGUCCUCUUCAGGUUCACAGCUGUCAGUAUAACUCUGCCUUUCCUCCCGCUUAUGAUGACAUCCAUAUACUGCGCACUGGGUGUCUCCUAUUGCUGGUUCAAGUACUACACGUACUUCAUGCGAUGCAAGACCUAAUUCCAAAAACGCUAGUGUAAUUUUUGUAAUAUUUAUUAUAUACAUUUACAAUGAAUAAAUUUUAUAUCUCAA